AUGAGCGGCAAGUGCGGGGACGACCCCGCCGUGGGAACGAAGAUAUGCAAGCAACAAGGGAGGGGAACGUGCAAGCCGUCGGGAAGCUUCCGGGCUCCUGUGUUUGUUCCCUGUAACUCGAAUCACAUGUCCGACUGCUGCAGGCCACUGGCCAAGUACCACAAGUACACGUGCUCACCACCUGUCAGCAAUGCCACGUCAGCAAUUCUCACUCUCAACGGAUUUGGAGAUGGCCAGGACGGAGGAGGCGCCUCGUCUUGCGACGGCCGGUACCACAGCAACUCCGAGACGGUCGUUGCCCUUUCCACCGGCUGGUUUGCCAAACGGAGGCGCUGCGGCCGUCAGAUCCGGAUCUCCGCAUCCAACGGCCGUAGCGUGCUCACGACAGUGGUGGAUGAGUGUGACUCGCGGGCGGGGUGCGAUAGGAUGCACGCGGGGCAGCCUCCCUGCAUCAUUAAUGACGUUGAUGCGUCUGCUGCUGUGUGGCAAGCGCUUGGGAUCGGCCAAUCGGAUAGCAGAUACGGAUACAUGAAGGUCACAUGGCAGGAUGUGUGA